AUGGACGCCAACUCGAUGACAGACGCUUUCUCUGCGGCGCAGUACCAGAAGCCAAGCGAUUACGGCUUUCUUUCGCCGAGCGCUCAUUCGCCUCAACGCUCGCUCGACGGGCUGACGCCAGGCUCGGGCUACAGCGAUGCCUCGCUCAAAAACUUUCUGUCGUCCAACCUGAUGAGUCAUAGAGAGAUGGGCUCGAUGAUGCUCCCUCCCCAGGGCACAGUUAUCAAUCUCGAUCCGGAGUAUCGCUCCAAGCGGGCGAGCACAUCGAUGGACACCCUGCCCGCCAUGGGCAGUAUACAGAGCCAGAACAGGCAGCAGCAGCAAUACCUCAACGGUCACUCGCAGCAGCUGCAACAUCAACACCAAUCCCAACACCAGCAACCUCAGAUGAGGAUGUCCAAUCAUUAUGAUGAUCACUCUAUGCAGUCAUCACAGGCCUAUGGCAACCAUCAAGCACCACAGCAGCAGCAGCAGCAGCAGCAGCAGCAGCAACAGCAACAGCAGUACAUGCAGCGUGCUCCUUCGAAUCCUAGUCCGUACGAAACAUUCGAUUCCUCUUUGUCGGCCACGCAACAGGGCAAGAGACGCGCUCAGCCACAGGGCACAUCGCUCCAUCUGCAACAGCAACAACAGCCUGCGCCUCUACCUCACUCGAAGCAGGCCAAUGGUCACUACGGAGAAAAUACCGCCGAUUCGAGCCAACGGGUGCCGGCUGCGCAUCAGGCGAGGACGCUGAGCACCGCCAAAGGCUCUUCCACCUCAGAGUUUGCCAAGCGCAAAAACUGGUCGCAGCGUAUCAUCGAUGAGAUUCAAGACUUUCUCCACGUGCUGAACUCGUCGGCCGAGUUUGUGUAUGUCUCGCCCUCCAUCACUGAAUUAGCCGGCUACGCGCCCGAUGAGCUCGUCGGCAAGCCCAUCGCGGACAUACUGCAUGUAGACGAUGUCGAUGGCUACUUGCGCGAUUUCCGCAAGGUCAUGGCCACCGGGGGCGAUUAUACGGUCUACUACCGCUUGCGAUCUCGGGACGGUCGAUAUGUCGUGCUAGAGACGACGGGACAUGCUUACUACGCCGAUCCGAGGGCCGACAGCGCAAGCUUGCCGAACGAAUCCGUCACUCCGAAGCGGGAGUCGCGAACUUGUAUGCUCGCCAUGGGUCGCCCCUAUCCUGGUAAACACACUGCGGAGCUCGAUAGCUUUCUAGAACUCAAGAUAGAGAAUGAGAAGCUUAGACAGAGGCUCGAAAAGAUCUACAUCGACAUCGAAGGCCAGCCUGCAGAUCAUACGCGGGAAAGGAGAGCCAUCACUUCUGGCUCAUCCGACGAAUCGAGCAUCGACGAGCCGGUGCGACAUACAGGCAGACCUGUCGACCACUCGACCGGCCUCGUGCCCGCUGCAGGGCUCAUCCACCACAGCUCGAAUACAUAUGGCACGCUCGGUAUCGGCAUUCAGUCAAAGUCAUCCAAUGCUGGUUCUGCUGCCGGCGCAGCACCCAGCAAGAAGAAAGGCAAAGGCGAUGGCGACGAUUACGUAUGUUUGAUCUGUGGCACUACAAACUCGCCGGAAUGGCGAAGAGGUCCGAAAGGCGCAAAGACCUUGUGUAACGCAUGUGGACUUAGGUGGGCCAAGAAGGCCAAGACGGAGGGCUAG